GGAGCAGUCCACUUGACCCUACGAAUGCUUCGCGAUACUUUUUAACCUUCUUUUAAUUUGAAAGAAGAAAAGGAAUAGGAAGUGUUUUGAAGCAUUUAGCGCUAAGCGGAUCGUAUUCGAAGAAAUUUAAGUCUGGUUAUUGAAUAAUUUGAUAUCGUGGAAAUAUCUUUUUCUUUAAUUUCUCCAAUUGUGUCAAACACAGCUGUUGAACUGUCAGCUACAGUUUGAAGUCAUGUGUCACGAGAAUUUUCUUGACGAGUAUCUUUAUUUAUUUAGCGUCUCGCGACAGCUGCACAGUUAAUCGAGCUGUAGAUGGUUAAUUUCGAAGUGCAGAAUAAUUUUGUCAAAAUACUCGAAGCUGUUCGAGUUUCAGCUAUAAUAGUCGACCGUGAACGAGAAUGUCGGCGCACGUUAUGUGCUUGACAUCUUCCGGCGGGAUUCCUUUGUUCUCCCGUCAGAAGGGAGACAGUGAUACAAUGACGUUUUCCAAAAUAGCGUCGCUCAAUGGCGUUCACAUGUUUCUCAAAUCACAGGACAUCGCCUUGCUCAAUACUGAUCUGCCGGAUACAACAGUGGCAUGGAAAGAAUACGAACAAUGUAUCAUCCUGAUAGCGAUGGCAAGCGGAGUGACAAAGUACGUGUUGGACAAGUUCCUGGACAGCACUUUCGGUGCGAUGGUCCUGUUCACGGGCAUCGAUGAGAUAAGGAAUACCAAGAAUAUAGAGAGGCUCAAGAAGGACAUGCGUCUCUGCAGCCCUAUCAUCGACAGAUUAAUGGACUGCUUGGACGUAGGGGACAGGAUCUCCACGAAAACCGACAUAGUCAACAUGACGGAGUGCAUCAUAUCUUCCGAGAACCAUCUGCUUCAGACUUGUUUGGAGGGAUUUAUGGAAUGUCUGGAAUCAAUGUACGGAUGCGUCCUGGUGCACGGCUGCGUGGUGGCUGCCACGGAAGGCUGGUGGUCGCUGGACCCUCUGGAAAGGAAACUGUUGACAAUAGCGAUCACCAUGGACAGUAUUUGCACUACGCGCGACAUCCCCGUGUUCCUGCCUCGUAAAAGUCCGAACGUCGCUUUCAGAUUGGUGUCGAUAACUCUGAUCAACCACGUUGAAGUGCUGGCAUUAUGUGGACCAAAACCGGAGCCGACUGAAAUCGAGAGGUUCGCCGUGCAAUUCUGGAAGAGCAACAUGGACGCGCUGUGCGCUUCCGAGCAGUGUUAUCCGCGAAACCUGCCCGCAUCAGUGUCCUUGGACAGCGAGACACUCGGCUUUUAUGGAUCUUUCAGAUUUCUGCUGGCAAAUUACAAGGUAGAAAAAUUCGUGCUCGGCAGGAACUCGCAGUGCGCGAAGAACCGCGUGACAGGAUCGCACAGAUUGGACAUCCUGCGUACGUUCUAUCAUCAGGCCGUCGAGACGUUCGCGCUGUCGGUCGAUGGCGAGGACGGCAACGACGAGAGAGCGACUGCGAGCGACUGGAGGUUUACUGGGGCAAAGGAGACGUAUUUGUGCUCCGAGUAUCACAAGUGCCACGCCGUGAAGCAUGGCGAUCACAUACUCUGCGUCUUGUACACGUCCGUGAUACCUACUCACACCAUGAGACUAAUUAGCCAGAAGAUACUAAAAAUGAUGUUCAGCGACAAACAAGUGCAUUGCCUGAAGGUGCAGCUAGGACAAGUGGUUUUUGUCACAAACGGCAAUCGCAGCACGUGGCGCGUGCUGUAUCCACGCGGUCCUUGGCGAUAGUGAGAGAAAGUUGACUUGUUUCAUCCUGAUGGUCUCACGAGGAGAUGGGUGUGCUUGCGUAAUGCCCGGCACGCAGCCCAAAAAAA